AUGGCCGCUCACAACUGGGAAGCUCAGGCACAGAUCUGUCGAGACAUCCUUGACAGCUCAAUCCCGAAGCAAUGGCUGCUCCCGGCCGACCAGCUGCCAUCCCCAGAGCGGACAAACGUGCUCGAUAUCCCCAGGGAGUGCGGCAUUCUCACUGAGAGAGAGCUGCAAAUCACAGAAACCGAUGCGACUGGCUUGGUCGAAACCAUGGCCAAGGGCAUCUGGACAGCAGAGGAGGUUACAAUCGCAUUUUUGAAAAGGGCGACUAUCGGACAUCAACUACUGAACUACGCGACCGAGUUCAUGGCCGAAGAAGCUCUUGCCCAGUCCCGCGCUCUUGACGCCCACUUCCGCAGCACCGGCAAGACCGUCGGUCCCUUGCACGGCGUUCCCAUCUCCACCAAAGAAAUGGUGUCGUUCAAGGGCCGCAUCACCCACACGGGUUACGUCUCGUGGAUAUCUGAUGUGGCCUCGCAGGAUGCCUUGAUGGUGAGGACAUUACGCAAGGCAGGAGCAGUAUUUCACGUGCGGACAAACCUGCCACAAACGUGCAUGCACUUGGACUGCAACAACAACAUCACCGGCCGUACGCACAAUCCUCAUAACAUCCACCUCUCCCCUGGUGGCUCCUCUGGCGGAGAAUCCGCAUCCAUAGGCUUCCGUUGCGCAGCCAUUGGAAUUGCAAGCGACAUGGGUGGUUCAAUCCGUCUCCCUGCUGCUUUCUGUGGCAGCUGCGGCAUCCGGCCAACAACCCUCCGAACUCCCUGGAAUGGUGUCGGGCUUGCAGGCGAAGGACAAGAGGGAAUUCGCUGCACGUUGGGUCCAAUUGCCAACUCAAUGCGCGACUUGGAUCUGUUUAUGAAAGCCGUUACAGACGGCAAGCCAUGGGAAGAGGAAACCUCCCUAGUGCCGCUGCCUUGGAAAGAACUUAUCCCGACAAGGGAUUUUACCGUCGGCGUGCUCUGGGAUGACAUGAUGGUACAUCCACACCCGCCCAUUCAGCGAGCCAUGAAAGUCGCCGUGGCCAAGAUGAAGGCUGCCGGAAUCAAGACGAAAGAUUGGCAACCAUACAAGCACGAGCAUGGCAUGCGUAUCAUCAACGACCUGUUUUAUCCUGAUGGUGCAGCUGUCCAGCUUAACGCUCUCGAAGCUUCGGGAGAGCCGUGGCUUCCUCUCACAAAGGAAGCGUUUAUUCGAGCCCGCAAGAUGACCGUGCCGGAGACAUGGACAGUCAAUCUGGAGCGGGAGGCCUAUCGAAGUGAGCACCGGCUGCUGAUGAAGGAGCACGGGAUCGAUUUCAUUCUCUGUCCAACAUAUGUCGGCGUUGCUGCCGAGCCCAACGAGGCACGGUACUUUGGCUACACGGCCAUUUGGAACGUUCUAGAUAUGCCUGGCGUUGUAUUCCCGACUGGCCUAAAAGUAGAUCCCGAGCUAGACAUUGUAGAGAGGGGAUACCAGCCACGGAGCCCUGAGGACGAGGCUGAGUAUAAAGCAUAUUCGCCGGAGAAGUUUGUUGAUGGACCCAUCGGUCUCCAGUUGGUGGGCAACCUGUUUUGCGACGAAGAAACCCUCGCUGCAGCGACUGUCCUCGAAGAAAUUAUCCGGCAAUGA